CACAAACAGAUCCUCGCUUUCUUCACAUACACAUUUACUCACUUGUUCUGAAUUAACAGGGGAGCGCAUGCGGCAUCGACUACUUGAAUAAGAAAGUAAAAAAAGGAUGGAGGCUUCACAGCUGCUUUUCCUGCUGCUCUUGUACGGAUAUCUGCCAAAAGUGUUAUCGGUGCAGAUGUGUGACGUGGUGAACGAGAUCGAGCAGGAGAGGGAGCGCUGCGAGAACAGCACCUCUGGGAACAUCACUUCAGGUUGCCAAGGAGCGUGGGACAUCAUUGCCUGCUGGCCGACAGCCAGGGUGGGAGAGGUGGUCACGAUAAACUGCCCCACGUACUUCAGCUACUUCAGUGACCAGCACAAAGGUAACCUCUCGAAAACCUGCACGGCACACGGCUGGACCGAGAUGAGGCCUGUAGAUAUCGCCGUAAACUGUGGAUACAAUCUGAACAGCACCAGCGACGAUGGCAAGUUUUUCUUGCAGGUAAAGAUUGGCUACACCAUCGGUCACAGUGUUUCCCUCGUCUCUCUCACCACGGCUAUCGUGAUCCUCUGCAUCUUCAGGAAGCUCCAUUGCACGAGGAACUACAUCCACAUGCAUCUGUUUGUGUCAUUCAUCCUGAAAGCCAUCGCCGUGUUCAUCAAAGAUGUGGUGCUCUACGAGGUCGGGGAGGUGGACAACUGCUCGUCAGGCUCGCUCGGCUGCAAGGCAGUGAUUGUGUUCUUCCAGUACUGUAUAAUGGCCAGCUUCUUCUGGCUGCUGGUGGAAGGUCUUUAUCUGCACGCAUUGUUGGCGGUCUCUUUCUUCUCCGAGAGGAAGUACUUCUGGGCCUACAUUCUGAUCGGCUGGGGAGGUCCGACAAUUUUCAUCACAGCUUGGAGCAUCGCUAAAGCCUACUACAACGAUGUGGGGUGCUGGGAUAUAAUCGAGAACACCGACGUCUUCUGGUGGAUCAUUAAAACGCCUAUUUUGGCAUCAAUCCUGAUGAACUUCUGUCUGUUCAUCUGCAUCAUUCGAAUACUUCGCCAGAAAAUCAACUGCCCAGAUAUUGGAAGAAAUGAGUCCAACCAGUACUCGAGACUGGCAAAGUCAACGCUGCUCUUAAUUCCGCUGUUCGGGAUCAACUUUAUUGUGUUUGCAUUCAUCCCAGAGCAAGUGAAGACUGAGCUCCGGCUCGUUUUUGACUUGAUUCUUGGGUCAUUUCAGGGCUUUGUGGUAGCCGUCCUCUACUGCUUUCUGAACGGAGAGGUUCAAGCAGAGAUCAAGAGGAAGUGGCGGCGGUGGCACCUGCAGAGAUACAUGAGCUCCGACACCAAAUACCAACACCCGUCUAUCGGCAGCAGCAACAACUUCAGCACCCAGAUCACCAUGCUGACCCGGUGCAGCCCCAAGACACGGCGCGGGUCGUCCUCCUGCCACGACGACCUGUCGAGCAUGUGACUCCCGCCGGCGGCGAACCGGAAACACCUCACAUUCUCAUGCCAUUAAGAACACACACUGUUCAUGAGAGCGCCUGCACAGAAAGAGUCACACACUUCCUCAUUAACACACACACUGACAGGGAUGUGGGUGUUACAAGGACAGAGGACAGGGAUUUAAAAAGAAAGAGUAGUUUGUAGUAAUCAGCCGUUGAGCAGCUCUCGAUCUCCACGCUUCUUUAAAACAAGCUUUCACGCGUCUGACUGAGGAUCGCCGAGCUUCUCUCAUCCUGAGUCAGUGCACGUGUGCAGAUGAAUUGUGGGUCAUGUCAUUAUGGAUCAUUGGGUCAAUUGAUAUUAAGUUCCCCCCCCCGUGUGCUCAGACACCGGGCCAAGCCAAGUGUUUUUCAUGUUAAUGAGUUUAGGUGAAGGAUCCAAAUGUGAAGUGCACCAGCAAACACACAAUCUGAUGCAAUUAUACUCUGAUUAAAAAUCACUUAGGGGAGAUUGCUCCGGCUCCAAAUGAACAAGGCUGGUGCAAAAAAAGACACAAACUGUUAGAAGCUGUGAGUAUUUCAUUUUUUUUCGGCGAGUGCAGCAAUAUUUCAGAUAAAGAAAAGCACCAGUGACGCACUGUGGUUUUGUGGCGGGGGAAAAAAGUUUUGACGCAUAUCUGAAGUCGACCAAAAAGAAUAACACAGCGUGUGACUUUUGAUUUUACUCACCGUGUAGGAAGACGGAAAAAGAAAGACUGGCUGAAACCCAGGAAACUUUAUUUCCAUGCCCGCUAAAUGGAUGAGGCUUCACGCUGAUCCACUAUGAUGAUUUGGGAGUACAGAUGCCCUCCUCUGCACUAUCACUCUCAAAAAGAGACUGAUUGCCCCUUCUCCUCCCUAUUAUCAGUCCAUCCCUCUUGUUCUGCAUGAUUCUGGGCCCGUGAGAGGCUUCAAGUGUUUGACUCUUCGAGCUGAUCACUGACAAGGGCCCCUUUCUGUGUUUUCAAGAGACACUUUCACUUCGCAGCAGCUCUGCAGAGGAAAUGCCUUUUGAGCAGUGGAGUCCUCGAAUGUUUACAUUUACAUGGGAGUCUUUUGACAUUGUACAGUAAGCAUACAGUGUGAAGUGUAAUGAAUUACUGUGGAUCGUGGCGCCUUACUGAUUGUAUUGCGGCUACAAUACCAGUAGUAAGUCACCGUAACUGUUUGUUCAAGUAAUUGCAACAUGUGAGAUUUAAUGCCUUUCCCUGGGAACAUAAAAUCGUCUUGUACACAAGCUUGUUUAUGCAGCGGCCUGUUUUUAAUUGUCGGGCAUAAAAGUGAAAGCUCAGCGUCACAUAUUACUGCACAGAUUCCUAAUACAGAACACUAACACAUACAGGCGGAGGAGAAGCUUUCCUGGUGACGCUUUGGAAGGAACCAACUUGAGAUCCUUAAUCCUCUGCUGGUGGCGAGUGUGAUUCUGAUUCCAACUUCUCAGCUGGAGGAGGCUGAAGCCGACAGGUCAGCGGACACAAGCUGACAGGGAUGACUGGCCCUGUCACCUCGAUGUGCUCCUUUCAGCUCACAGGGUCGGACCUGAAAAGUCACUUCCAUGUUUACACACGAGGGAACAUCGAGAAGGUCAAGUUAAAUUUGCAAAAAAAAUAUUAAAAACCCAGCAUCUCAACCUACUUUUCUUCGGACAGAACGCAAAGCAACAUUUCGCACAAUUUCAGAACUUGACGGCUGGAUGGACGAUAUCAAUUUUGCUCAAGUCGGCCGUAAAGCUGUUAGCAGCAAACAAGUCAACCAUGUCUGUGUUUAGGUUAUCCUCAUGACCCCCUCUGUAAUUACCAAUCUCCUCGGGUUAUUUACCUUCCAUCUUUACGCUCUAUUUGUAAAGCUGUUGAAAAAAUACCUUGGGUUUGGUUCAAAUUUGUCUCUCUUCGCCUUGAAACAUUUUUGAAAUAAUCUUGAAAUGCUCUUACCAUCGACUUUGCAUGCAAACAGGCGGCUUCUAAAAUUCACUUCAACUGUGUAUUUACUAUUGGGACCUGUCUUCUGUUGUCCAGCUCAAUGUGACUGUGAGAAUAAACCAGAUUUUAGUGCUUUGCUAUGCUGGCGUGGUCGUUGUGCGUCAGUGAGAUAACUUUGAAAAGAGACAUUGAACCAACAAGAUGUGCACUUACAGUAACUGUUGACGUGUUUAUAAUGUAGAUUUGUGUAUUUGCAAACUGGAUAUUGUGCUGUGCAUAUUUAAGAGCUGAGGUUCGGUCGUUCGAUGUUUGUUUUACGCUGGUGCGAUGUGUUGUGAAGCUGCAAAUGUACUGUAAGUAUUAAAUAGCUUCAGUUCUCAAUUGUGUCCACGUAAAGCCACAAGUUUUUAUGUUUAUAUAUAUAUAUAUAUAUAACUUGUUGUACAGUAUAUGUAAAGGGUGUUAUAAUUACAGGACAUUUCACUUUCCAUAACAAUGUGACCUUAUUUCACUCAAACUGUAUGAAAUAAAUUAUUUAGAAGUGUA